UUUUUUUUUUUUUUUUUUUUGUAUUUUCAGUAUGGCUUCCACUACUGCUGCUUCCACUGCUGCUGCUGCUGCUGCUGCUGCGCCUGCUGCCGCCGAUCCCGCCGUCGCCAAGCUCAACACCCUCAUCAAGGACCAAGGCGAAGUUGUCCGCAAGCUCAAGGCCGACAAGAAGGACAAGGCCGAGAUUGACGCCGCUGUUGCCGUCUUGUUGCGGUACAAGGCUGAGCUCAAAGAGCUCCAGGACGAGCACAGCAAGGGCUUUGUCCUCAAGGCACCCAAGGGCACCCAAGACUUUGACCCCACCCAGAUGGCCAUCCGUGAACGUGUGUUUGGCACCAUCAUUAGCGUGUUCAAGAAGCACGGCGCCGUGACGAUUGACACCCCCGCUUUUGAGCUGAAGGACACCCUCCUCGGCAAGUACGGCGAGGACUCCAAGCUCAUCUACGAUCUCGCCGAUCAAGGAGGCGAGCUGUGCUCCCUGCGCUACGAUCUCACGGUGCCGUUCGCACGCUACGUCGCCAUGAACAAGAUUCGCCAAAUCAAGCGUUACCACAUUGCCCGCGUUUACCGACGAGACAACCCGCAGAUGAACCGUGGUCGUUUCCGCGAGUUUUACCAAUGCGAUUUUGACAUUGCCGGCGAGUACGACGCAAUGAUUCCCGAUGCCGAGUGCGUUGCCGUCGUGUACGACGUUCUGUCUGCUCUCCAACUCAACAACUUUGUGAUCAAGAUUAACCACCGCAAGAUUCUCGAUGGCAUUUUCGCACUCUGUGGCGUACCAGCGGAAAGCUUCCGUGCGAUUUGCUCUGCCGUCGACAAGUUGGACAAAGCUCCGUGGGAGGAGGUUCGCCAGGAAAUGGUCGGGGAGAAGGGCCUCGAUCCUAAAGUCGCCGACAAGAUUGGCGAGUUUGUGCUGCUAAAAGGCGGCCAGGACCUCAUCAAGAAGCUGCUGGAAGAGAGCGAGUUGAGCAAGAACGAAAUGGCCAAGGAGGGUCUCAAGCUUUUGACCACGCUCUUUGAGUACUUGGAAAUCUACAACGUGCUCGACCGCGUGUCCUUUGACCUGUCGCUUGCCCGUGGUCUGGACUACUACACUGGCGUCAUUUACGAGGCUGUUCUUGAGGGCGCCCAGGUUGGCUCGGUUGCUGGCGGUGGCCGCUACGACGACCUUGUUGGCAUGUUCGCGGGCAAGGGCAGCGUACCGUGCGUUGGUGUCUCGCUCGGCAUUGAGCGUCUCUUUGCCAUCAUUUUGGCGCGUGAGACCGGCAACGGCACUGUGAAGGUCAAGACCAGCUCGACGCAGGUGCUCGUUGCCUCGGGCCAAAAGGGCCUGCUGAAGCAGCGCAUGGACCUGUUGUCCGAGAUGUGGAAGGAAGGCAUUGCUGCGGAGAUUCUGUACAAGAACAACCCCAAGAUUCUCGACCAGUUCCAGUACUGCGAGGACCACAUGAUUCCCCUGUGCUUGACGAUUGGCGAGGACGAAAUCAAGGCUGGCCAAGUCACUCUUCGUGUUGUCGCCACCCGCCAGGAAACCAAGGUUGCGCGUGCCAACCUUGCCGAGGAGGUGCGACGAGCCUUGCGCGAGUUGCCUGCUGCGGCUGCAGCUGCUCCCACUUCUGCCGCAGCUGCUCCUGAGCGUGCUUAGGAUGCUUUAUCUUGUGCUCUACUGUCUGUGAUUCGCCAAUGGUUUUUGUUUGAUUGCGAGUUUGCAGUUGUGCAUUUUGUUUUUUCGAAUCACAACGGACGAAAGCCAUUCCCCCCCCC